AGGAGACGUUGCGCAGGGUCAAAGCGUCCCCGUUGCCAUGGAACCCGCUGCGGGCGGUGAUUGGCGGAGCGGGCGGUGCCCCGGGGGCCCAUGGGAGCGCGGAGCCGACGCUGCGAGUUUCAAAGCGGCAACUAGGUACUUACUGCCUCCAUGCUCAGUGCUCGGCCCAGGAGUAGGGUGGCCUGCUCCACCCCUUCGUCCCCAACCACCUCUGAGGAUGAGCAGCCUUUGAGCUCCUCCACUUAUUCCUUGCUCUCCCCCAUUUACCAUCAGAGCUUCCAGAGCUGCAAUGAGGAGGAAGAGGAGGAGGAUAGGGAGGACGCUGCACCGUCAGCUAGGGGGAAAAGAACCUUCAAGAGGAAUAAACACAAUAGUGCUGAAAGCUGUAAUGUAACAGAAAAGAAAAAGCAGUCGCCUCCGACAGAUAAUCUCUCACCAUGGGAAGAAUGGUUCAUUUGCAAAGAGAGAGAGCUACGUGUCCGCUUACAAGCCAGAGCUUUAGAGGAAAUGAAUUUACAACUGGAGAAAAGAAAAGAAAAGCAGGAGCUUGAAAGGAAAAAAAAGAUUGCUGAAGAGAAACACAAGGAAUGGGUGCAGCAAAAGAAUGAAGAGGAAAGAAGGGAAAAGGAACGAAAGCUCAUCAAAAAGAUGGCAGAAAAAGCAGUGAGAGAUCUAGAGAGAAUCCAAUUGCAGGAAAGAGCUAAAGGAAAGUAUAAAGAAUGGCUAAAGAGGAAAAGAGCUGAAGAGUCUGAGAAGAAGAAGAAAGAAGAGGAAAAGGAACAAAAAAGGGUAGCUGAAUUACAGGAGAAAAAAGAGAAAUCAGAGAAGAUCUUUAGAGAGUGGCUACAGCGUGCCAGAAGUAAACCCCGCCCAGUUUUACACAGUUAUGGCUAUACCAAUGGGAAACUUUCAGGAUACCCUGAUGGAAAUUCAUAUCCAGCUCCAGCCUAUUGUAACCCUAUUCCCUGGAAACCAAUUCAUGUGCCACCUCCUAAGGAAGACCAGAAUGUUACAGUGAAAAAAUAUAAGAGACCUAUAUCCAGUCAGUCAUAUAGAUCCUCAUCUAUGCCCUCCAAAGUUCUCUGCUCCUGGAAUCUCAUAGCAAGAUAUUGUGCAGAACCCUUAGAAGCAAUCACUCAACCUGGGAGAGUGCAUCUUCAUUUACAUGCUACUAAAAUAACCAUAUGUGAGGCCUCUUCUUCCUUUACUCUUUCCCACCUACUUGUUUGUCUAGAAUUGCUGACGUUACGUUUGUUAAGGUCAUAUAUAAUUUUCAAGAUAUUGGACACUGAUUCUUUGUGUCCUUGGCCAAGUCCUGUUACUUCUCUUUUUUUUUUUCCCGUAUCUGUGAAAUGGGGAUACCUAAUUACGGGGCUCACAUUCAAUCCUGCUGUAAGUGGGUACAAACGCCACUGAAGCCAAUGCAUUAUUCUGUCUUUUAUUUGGUUACUCUUGAAAAUUGCUCAUUAGCUGCAGAAUAUGAUAGCAUGACUGCACAAGGGUCUUUAAUAAUGGAGUUUCAUCCGGUUGCCUGAAGGCUGAAUAAGUCCAACUGUUGUAAAGUACUUUGAAAAAUGCUAUAGAAGAACAAAGUAUUAUUCAUAAGCCAAACUUGCAAGCAGGCUACGACAUCUAAUCCUGGGAGUAGUCCCACAAAAGGCAGAGAAAGGCAAUACACGAUACUUGACAUGCUGGCCUUGUUGAAAUCAAUGGGAGUUUUGCUCUUGACUUCAGUAGAGCCACAAUUUCAUUCAGUGUGUAUAAGAUUGUCAGAAUCUGGCCCUUAACAAGUAAUGUUUAAUAAUUGCAUAUGAAUUUCUGUAUGUAAUCAGUCAACUUAUUAAAGCAAAUUUGGUCCUGAAUACACUUGAAGGAAGAGAUUCUUCUUUGUAAAUAUGGAUGAUUCCAUGCUUUAUAUAAUUACAGGAGGCUGGACAAAAUAUAAGUGAGAAUCCAAGGCUGAGUUCCCUUGAGCAAAAUAAUGAGUUAUGCCAAUUAAAGAAAAUGGAAACUAAGGCCCUGAUCUAGUAAAUCACUUAAGCACAUGAAUAGUCUCAUUGACUUCAACAGGACUAUGGGUACGCUCCUGCUUUGCUGGCUUUGGGACAGAUUUGCUGGUAGAAUGGCCUCUGUUUUGUACAUAUAAAUUGUGCCCACUUUUUUUGCAAUUGUAAUUAAUUCUGCUUUGAAAUAGGAGUUAGACAUCUACCAUCCUAUGUAAUUGUAAACGUUUGCAUUUGCAAAAUUUCCCCUAUGUAUAUAAUUUUUUUUUCAUAUUUGGACUUAAAUGUUCACUUGAAGAUAUAACAAAGCAGCAAGUCAAGCAAAAGUUUGCACAUUGGAUUGUAAGCAAAUACAUGAAUAUGUCAAAUUUACAAGGUGGAUGACUCAAAAAGGUGGGAGGCUUACAGAUUUUAAAUUUCAGAAUUUAUACACUGUGGUGUCAAAUCAGUGGAAGACUGAAUUAAGUUAAUGAUGGGGAUAUAAUUACAUGAAGUGAUACCUUGAUUUUUCUCUCGGAUUGAAGUCACAGCCAGAAUGACUGCAGCAUCAUUAGUGCCAAAUUAUGAUUAGUGGUUACUACAGCUGGAAAGUUAUAGUACUAGUUGCUAUUGUGUGCAUUCAAUAGAAGGUGAUGUUUGGCUUUCAUAAGUAAUGAAUUUAAACAAUGUAAGUUUGUGUGUCCUAGGAUUAAUGUAAACACUGCAUUAAUGAGUAACUCAGCAAUGUCAGAGUGUUAACAGUUGCUAGAGCGAUCACACAAUUAUCUAAAUUAAAUCUGACUGAUUUACAAAGAAACAAUAUGGUGCAGUUGUAAGAAUGCAAUAGCACAAUGGAGAACCUUCCACUGUAGCUACUAGCCUUACCUUAGACCUUAGUUCAUCGGGUGCUUUGCUGCACAUUGGGCUACUAGCAGGAGGAGAAAAAGUUAUUUAUGUCUUUAAAAGAGCAUGACCAGGGUCCAUCAUGUCUGGUGCCCUUUCUGCAAGGUGGUUAGAAUGAUCAGUUUCAGAUUUUGUGCAUGCUGGUGGUGAGGUGUGGAAUUUGAAUUGACUGCUAAUUGUGUGUAAUCUAAUGAUUGUACAAAUACAAAGUGGGUGGGUUUUGAGGGAUUGGGAUUCUGGUUGGCUGCAUUGCAGGAUAGGUGGCUAGGGUAAAGGAAGGACUACAGGCAGUCACUGGUGAGUUCUGCAUUAAUGCAGUUUUGAACAGAAACAAAUCUCAAAACCUCAACAUUUUUCACUAAACACAAACAUACAUCUCUGGGCAGCCCUAAUUGACAAUGGUCAGUUAAAAUAUUGAACUGCUCAACCUUCAAAAACUCCCUAACCAAACCAUAGAGAAAAGACUCUUCUCACAGCUGGGCCUACAACAAAGUUUAUCAAGGUUUCUCUCCCCUGCCCCUAGUACCAGGCCACACUUGGUUUUGGUUUAUUUAAUGACCUUUUUGAAGGGUGCAUAUGACUCUGAAUUUUUAUUGUGUAAACACUAGGAACAUUACUUUUCCAGGAGUUUUAAAAAAUGUCUAAAAAUAUAUUUUAAUAAAACAGUUGGCAAUGCUUUAAUGUUGCUUCUGUUUCUCAAACAGAACAAAUGGGGAGGAAAAUAAAGAAGCAUGAGCACUGCAUGUAGUUAUGAAACUUGUUUGCGUGACCAUCUCAAGAAAUAACUCUUGUGUCUGGGCUUUGUGCUUGUGAAGCUAAAUCUGCCGCACUACAGAAUGUACUUUUUAAUUAACUUGCAGAGAAUAAUGUAAUUGGUAAAGAAUGUUGUCUUGUGAUUAAAUCAUGGACCUUGGCUCUAG